AUGAACGGGUUUGUGGCGGAGCAUGGGGUGGGAGGUCAGGAAGGGGAAGAAGCAGCCUACCCAGGAGAACCGACAGGGGAAGGGAGAGGCUACGAGCAAGGGGAAGGGGGAGGAUACGCGACAGGGGAAGGGGGUGGAUACGCGACAGGGGAAGGGGGAGGAUACGCGACGGGUGCAGGGGGGGGAUACGAGCAAGGGGAAGGGGGAGGAUACGCGACAGGGGAAGGGGGAGGAUACGCGACGGGUGCAGGGGGGGGAUACGAGCAAGGGGAAGGGGGGGGAUACGCAACAGGGGAAGGGGGAGAAUACGCGACAGUGCAAGGGGAAGGAUACGAGCAAGGGGAAGGGGGAGGAUACGAGACAGGGGAAGGGGGAGGUUACGCGACCGGGGCAGGAGGAGAAUACGAGACAAGGGAAGGGGGUGGGUACGAGGGCGAGGAAGGGGGCGAGGACGGGGGAGAGGAAGGGGGAGAAGACGAGGGAGAGGAAUGGGGGGAAGAAGAGGGUGAGGAAUGGGGAGAAGACGGGACAGGGGAACAAGGUGCAUACGCGUCGGGAGAAGGGGGAGUAUUGGCGACAGUGCAAGGGGGAGGAUACGUGACAGAGGAAGGGGGAGGAUACGGGAUAGUGCGAGGCGGUGAAGACGAGGGAGAGGAAGGGGGAGAAGACGAGGGAGAGGAAGGGGGAGAAGGCGGGACAGGGGAACAAGGUGCAUACGCGGCAGGGGAAGGGGGAGUACACGCGACAGUGCAAGGGGGAGGAUACGAGGGAGAGGAAGGGGGAGAAAAUGGGACAGGGGAAGGGGGAGGAUACGCGGCAGGGGAAGGGGGAGGAUACGUCGCAAGGGGGGGGAAAGUAUAUGAGGAACAGGAAGGGGGGGAGUUUGCGGCAGAGGAGGGGGGGAGACGAGGCAGAGGAGGGGGGGAGAGUCAUGGCCGAAGGCGGGGAAGACGGUCGGGCGAGAGAUCCAGCCGAAGGCGAUGGUGUGCUGAACGCAGCGUUACCGUUUCAGCCUCGUCAAUACACACAGAUAAAGAUACGAGAAUGACUCCCUUCGGCCACACACCCGCUAAGGCCGCGUUCCUUGUCGUGGUCAUCGCCACUGUGGUGCUCCUUUCCGCCCCUGCUUGCGUUUCCGCCGGGAGUCCCGCCAACGCGACUGCGCCUGCUAAAGCGACUGCGCCUGCCAACACGAAUGCUUAUGCUAAGGGGGUUGCGGCUGGCGCGAUCGGGUCUGCAAACGCAACCACGCCAGCCUUGGCGGCCACAGCGAGGCAGAGCAAGAGCGCGGGGCUAGGAAAGAACUCCACAUGCGCCUAUUACGGCAACUACACCGCCAACCCAUACUUCGGCAAGGGACUCACCGUGAAGCUUCCUCCCGCCAUCUUCGGCCAGCGCUGCGGCGCGUGCUACAAGGUGAUUUGCGCCAACAACACUAAGCACUGCCGCAGCGGCAAGGCGACCGUGACAGUCCGCGUCAUUGGCGCGACGACCACGGAGAAGGAGAUUUCGCUCUCCGCCGUCUCGUGGUCCAAGAUCGUGCAGGGAUCCGACGCCACCCCCGUCGGCAUCACGUACAAGCGCACCAACUGCCAUUCCACCGCUGGUUCGGCGGUGCGCGUGCGCAGCAACUCGACGGCAGAGAAUUUCAACAUUCAGAUGGUGGGUCUCGCCGGCCCCGGUACGCUUAAGGCGGUCGAGAUUAGCGUGGACGGCAAGAAGUGGGCGAAGCUGACGCGCGACGGCAGCAAGGCGAUCUGGGGGAUCAAGGGCAAGGAGGCGAAGGAGGUUGUGGGCGCGAAGAAGGCGGUGAGCGUUCGCCUCACUGCGGGACACACCCUCGAGAAGAUCACUCUCGAGAAGGUCGUUCCCGCCGACUGGAAGCCCAUGACGCUGUACUCGUCCAAGACCAACUUCAAGAAGCUCAUGGCCGAGGCCAAGUAA